AUGUCCGCAGUCGAGCCUCGAUCCAUCAAGGAAGCACUUUUGGAGCCUAAAUGGAUAACCACCAUACAUGAAGAAUUAGCAGAAUUUAAAAGAAACAAAGUGUGGAAACUCGUUCCGAAGCAAAAAGGUCACACUGUUGUUGGAACAAGAUGGGUGUACAAAAACAAACUCGAUGAAUCCGGUGCGGUCAUGGGAAACAAGGCAAGAUUAGUUGCCAAGGGGUAUAGUCAACUAGAAGGUGUUGAUUAUGAUGAAACUUAUGCCCCAGUAGCCAUGAUGGAAGUAAUACACAUCAUCUUAGCGUAUGCGGCACGUAAAAUUGUCAAAGUACACCAAAUGGUGAAUUGA